AUGAAUUUAGCCACUCGAAAGGAAUACGAUCGCGUAUGGUUUCUUCCUGGACUAACAUUUGAACCGAGGUUUAAACAGUACUCUGGCUAUCUCAAUGGUGUCCCAGGCAAUUACUUGCAUUACUGGUUUGUCGAAUCUCAGAGAAAUCCAGCUGAAGACCCUUUACUACUUUGGCUGAAUGGCGGUCCCGGAUGUAGUUCGGUUGGUGGGCUUUUAUACGAACAUGGACCAUUUCGACCAAAUCCGGACAAUAAAACGUUGUUUGAGAACAACUAUUCCUGGAAUAAAGUGAGUAAACAUUUUUCUCUUCUCUCGAUUUUGUGUCAGGAUUAA